AUGGCCAAGUCGAAGAACCACACCACACACAACCAGUCCCGAAAAUGGCACAGAAAUGGCAUCAAAAAACCCCAAUUACAACGAUACGAAUAUCUUAAGGGGGUAGACCCCAAGUUCCUGAGGAACAUGCGCUUUGCCAAGAAGCACAACAAGAAGGGCCUGAAGAAGAUGCAGGCCAACAACGCCAAGGCCAUGAGUGCAAGUGCUGAGGCUAUCAAGGCUCUCAUAAAGCCCAAGGAGAUCAAGCCCAAGAUUCCAAAGGGCAACAGCUGCAAGCUCAGUCGACUUGCCUACAUUGCUCACCCCAAGCUCGGGAAACAUGCUCAUGCCCGCAUCGCCAAGGGUCUCAGGCUCUGUCGGCCAGAGGCUAAGGACAAGGCUCAGACCAAGGCCGCAGCUGCAGCUCAGGCUCAGGUUCAGGCUCCCGAAGGCACCCAGGCCCCCAGAAAGGCUCCAGAGUAG